GUCACAACUACAGGAGGGGAGUAAGUAACCGGUCUUAGAAUGGAAAAGAACUGUGAUUUAAAAAGUAUACACCGGUAGUUCCUGUAACUGAAUGUAUGCUUCAAGGGUCACCCAUUAUAUUUAGAGUAAAGUAAAAUCUUCAGCUGGAUUUCAGAGAAUAAACUCCCUUUGCAGGGAUGAAAAAUACAAAUGAUCGACUUGUAAUAAAUACUUGGAGGAAAUAUUCAACUUCCCAGAGGUUGUCCUGAAAUCACUAAUGAGGGCUAGAAAACACAAAUCUUGCAGUGAAACACUUUAUUUUUAUUCUAAAUGUUUAGUCCAGUUUGCGAUUUUUGUGUGGGGGGGUGUGUGUGUCUUUUUUUUUUUUUUUCUUCUUAUCAGAAAGCUGGUUCUGCUACUUCCUGGCUUGUUUAGCUCAAUGGAGAUAAAGUAGAGCAGAGCACCUGCCUUGCAAAGUCUUCUCAUUGAACUGCAUUGGGAAGUCUGUGAUUGGACGGCCACAGAAAGUCUGGUUGGGGUUAGAAGGGGAGGGCUUGUAAAGGCUGCAGACGAGAUCUGCAGCUUCUGUCAGUGGUCUUCAGACAAACCCGUCCCCCUCUAACUUAAAAAAUGCAUAACUUUAGUUACAAGUGUGCAUUUCUUUCAAAGUGGGCAUGUCUCCUAAAUGGUGAUAUUUAUUUGUGCACCAAAACUGUCCUUUUUUAAGAACAUUCUAGUCAAGUAGCUAAAAUGUGGUGUGUGAGAGUUUUUUUUGGGGGGGAUUUUUAUUUUAUCGAAGUUCACAUUAAGGCAUGUGAUGCUAAUGUUGGAAUAUGAAGCUUAACAUCUGUCUUUUGCAUAUAUCCUUUAAGCCCCAUAAACCGUCAUUUCUAGAAGUAAGAACUAUUUUAGAUUGUAAGCUCAUUUGGGCAAACCCUUUUUCACCUACUGUUCCAUAUGCCAAACCAGUUCAGCUAGAAUUGUUGGUCUUGUUCUACCUAUUGUACAGCGCUGUGGAAUAUGUUGUUGCUAUACAAAUAAUUGAAAACUAAGUGAAAUUGCUUGUCCCGGUGCUUUAAAUCUUGUGAUGUCUGUUAAUGCUGGUACAUGUUAUAUUUUGCAGUUCUUGCCCAACUGAGUUUGAAGGCUUGGAUCCCUUCCUUUACGCUUUCUAAGCUCCCCUGCUUUUCGUUCUGGUGAAAUCGCUGUGUAAUCAACACCCUAUGGCUCACAGCCGGUGCAAUCAUGGAGGCUUGAGUUGUGUGCAGCAGGCAGACGGUAUAAUCCAAAAAUUGUGUUAUCAUGUAAGAAGUCUAGGUGUUUUGAAAAUCUGUGCAAGAAAGUGCUUGUCACAUAAUUGGGUUUGUUCAAUAAAGACGGGACGUCAGCAGUCUUAGCAUCUCCUAUUCACUAAUGGCAAAUUCAGCUAUAAUUUGGUCAGGCUGACCGACCCAGCACAGAUAAUGUCAGUAUUGUAUUAGUGUAUUUAUCAGGCACCGAAUGUCCUUCAAAUUCACUCUGAACAAAUCUGGUACCAUCCUCCUUCACCAACUUCCAAGUGAAAAAUCGAAAUCUGCAAUAUUUAAUCACUGAUGGCACAAACAAAUUCUAAAGUAAUGGAUUUUUAGAUAUAAUCUGCAUUUAUAACCUUGUACUUGACCUUUCUAUGGAGUUAACGUUUCUGCGCAGUAUUUGCUUUUAAGAUGUUGCUAAUAACAGUAAUAUAUUGCCUUGUACUAGAAUUGACUCAGAUCUGUCUGUAAUUCUCUUUAAACCAAACUGUGUAAAUGCAAUUCAACUUCAUUUUCAGAUAGAUUGGGGGCCCAAGUCUGUAGGAUUUGGUUGUGUAUAUCUGUAAUUCGGUCUCGUAUUUACAGCUUCUGGCUGGCUUUGCAUUCAGAUUAUCCUGUUAACUUGAAAGAUGGCUUGCUCAACUCAUUUGGCUCUUACUGCCUAAACCCCAAUGUAUAUAACAUUGCGUAACCCUCUCCCUCGGUAUGGUGGGUUGUUUGUUUUUUGGGGGGUCUGGAGGGGCACGAACCCUGUGUCUCUGCCAUCAUAUCACCCAUAUAAUAUUCCUGUAAUCUAUUUUUAAUGGACUCAUAAAAGCUAAAUAUUAGACCUCACAAUACUGGAAUAGGAAAACCGUCUGCAAUCAGAGAGCAGGAUUUCUUUUUAGUAGAAUCCAUGGCUUUUUCAUUAGUCUGAUAACUAACCAGAUCCCAGUCUAAUGCUGUCUCUUUGGCCAGGUGCAGUCACAGGUUGAAACACAAACUGGAAGACAAUUUGAGCUGUUCUGUGCCGUCGAGUACGCAUCACAGGUGGUGGCUGGAGUCAACUUGUUUAUUAAGGUAUGAAACACAGGAAACUGGAAAUAACACGAACACCUUAAUGGCUGAUCCCACUGCAUAUUACUUUGUGGCUCGUGCAAUAAGCAUGUGAAAAUUGCCAGGUUUUUAUAGAAUUGCUCCAACAAAUAUCACCAGACUGGAUUUAAGUAGUGUGAAUUGUCCAUAGAACCAGCUGUUAAACUGCCACUGUGAUGUUUUGUAGAAAUUGGUCAAUAAUUCCUGUAUAACGAAGUACUCACUUUAUUGAUACAUAAAUAACAGCAUCUUCUUCAUAUUGCUACCUUGUUACACAGGGUUUCCGCAGCCGCCCAUUCAAAUCCCUCAAACAUUCCACCAACUGCCCAUACAUCACAAUACAUACUCAUACACUCAUACACUUACACACACACACACAGUCCAUACAUCACAUCUCCUUUCUUUCUCAACGACAGAAAAUAAAACAAAAUAGUUAAAACCAGCUGUUAAACUGCACUGUUUUACCUGACAAACGGAAUGUUGAGCUAAUUUGUAAACUCAUUCUGUUUGUGUGGUGUGUGUGUGUGUGUGGGUUUCUAUUUUAUUUUUAAUUUUAGGUUUACGUAGGACAAGAGGAAUUUCUUCAUCUUAGGAUAUAUGAUCGUGUGACGGGGCCGAUCAGCCUUACCAGUUUCCAAACUGGAAAAGUUGGAACUGACCCCAUCUCUUACUUCUAAAACUACAGACCCUGUGCUGGAGAAUCAUGGAGCAACUCUGUCUGUUCUCGUCAAACGUCUUGUAACGUCCCUUUUAAUGUUCCUGCAUAUUAUAUGAUCUC